AAUUUUCCUUCAAACCCCAAUACUAUAAAAUACUUUCCUCUACGCCCUUCACUACUCUUUUCCCUUCCUUCUUUGCUCUAGGGUUUUUCUUCCUCCUCAGAAUCUCUCCCCUCCAAAUCGUCUUCAAAUCCCGAGGACCCUCAAUAUCCUGUGCAUCCUCCAUUGAUGAACCCAUUGAAGCUUUUUUUGUAUAAUUAUUUUUAUGUAUACGUUUACAUUGAAACCAUCAUUCAAUUUAUUUAUACUUAACCCGAACCCUAACCCUAACCUCAUUUUCUUCAAAAAUCCGUUUUUCUCCGGUAAUUUUCCGGAUAAGCUCACAAAAGAUUGAUUUUUUUUUUUCUUUUUGGUGUUUAAUUUUGCUGAGGAGGAAUGCAGGUUCAAGAAUUUAAAGAGACUGAGUGUUCUGAGGAGGACCCGUGUAAGAAAUCCAGUCAAUUCGAAGAAAGUAAGCAUUCCGAUGAAUCGCCGGCGGAAAAAAAUGACGAUUUGGGAUCAGUGUUUGAUGUUUCGGUGAAGAGCUUCGACUUUCCGGUGCUGGAAGGGGUUGAUACAUCGGUUGAAGCCUUGUAUCUGUACAAGAAUUUCUUCAAUUUAAUUCCUAGUGCCGUGGGUUCCCUGAAGUCGUUGAAGACUUUGAAAUUUUUCGCGAAUGAGUUGAAUUUGUUCCCUAAGGAGUUUAAUGAUUUGGAUGAGUUGGAAUGCUUGCAAGUGAAAGCGCCUUCGGCACCUGGGUUAAGUGGGUUAGACUUCGGGAAGUUGAAGUCUUUAAAAGAGUUGGAGCUGAGUAGACUACCUUCGAGGCCAUCGGCUGUUCCCGUUUUGGGUGAAAUUGCAGCUUUAAAAAGCUUGACCAAGCUCUCUGUUUGUCAUUUUUCAAUAAGGUCAGUGCGUCCUAAAGUUUUCUUUUCGUUUAGUAAUAUGAGAAGCCAAUGAAUAAUGUCCAUCAUUGAUAGUUGUUUGAAUUGCAUGUGGCUUUGCCAAAAAAUUUUCUCCCGUGUGGCUGUGGGCAUUUAGGCAAUUUAGUGUAUUCAAUUUAGUGUUAGUGAUAUGAGAUUAAUUUUUUUUUUUUUUUGGGGGGUGUGUUCUCUGUAGGAGAUAAGAGACUUGGAAAGAUAGUGGACUACUUAUAGUAGUUGAUGCGACCCUCUCCUGCAGGGGAAGAGAAGUAUAAAUCUUGUAGACAGCACAUUAAGGAUGGAGGCAUAGAAGCGGAUAAUUGAAUGCUCUUGACAUGUUGCUCAUCCAUCUGUCCUUAUCCUCCAUUUUUGAGUAGCGCUCAACUGUUAUUCUGCCUUUUGGUACAUAAAUCUGUUUAGUUGUUACGCAGAUGUAGUCCAGAGUCCUUCUUAAUCAAGUUUUAGGUGGUAAGGCCUUCGUCGUGGAAGAUUUGUGGGUAUUAGUUAUCAUGGCUGAAUGAUGAUAUAAAAUUAAUCUGGUCUAGCUAUUCUAUUUAGUUAAAUUAUCACGCGCUGUGUGCUUGUUUCUGCGCAAGUGUGUGAAUUAUUUUCUGAUGAAGAAGUGUCGGUGUACUUGUAAUUUUUUCCAGAGCUGCUGUCAUAUCGAGCCAGAUUUGAAUUCUAGGGUCUUCUAUCUCAUUUCGAUAGCUUCGACCUGCUAAUUAGGCAGUCAAAUUGUUAUGGUAGAUAAUUGGGAAGAUAAAGUUAGAAUCUUUGUUAGUUUCAUUGCACGUUUCUAGAAUUCCUUUUGGCUGUUCUCCCUAUAAGAUUGAAUGUAUUUAUAUGCAUAAAGCACUUGGAAUUUACAAGAUGUUGUAGGGGUUGAGAAAGUUUAUCAGGUUGUCCAAAGUGGAGCAGAAUGACCUGAACAUUUUGCAAUUAUGAUGGUAGUCGCUCCAGACCUGGAUGCAUUUGGACAAUUUGCGUAGAUGUGUAUCAGAUUCAGUGUUUGUUGGCGUUCAAUUGAUUUUGCCCUUGCAAAAAGUGUCUUUGGAGGUUGCAAACAAUAAGUUAGUUGAGGUUCCGUCUGGCCUGUCUUCCCUGAAAAGAUUAGAGAACUUGGAUCUAUCAAACAAUAGGUUGACAUCCUUCGUGUGCUUGGAACUUGAAUCAAUGCAUAACCUUCAGAGGCUAAAUCUUCAGAACAACAAGCUUCGUAUGUGCUGUCAAAUACCUUCAUGGAUAUGCUGCAACUUAGAAGGGAAUGGAAAAGAUUUGUCCAUUGAUGAAUUUAUCAGUUCUGCAGAGAUGGAUGGUGUAGAAUGCUCUCCCCAAGAAGCUGAUUCUGCAAAAGAUUCUUCUGUUUUAACAUUGAGCCUUUCAAUUGCACCAACAUCAAAUCAUAAAUCUCUAGCUGCAAGGAAGUCAAAAGGAUGGAGAAGGUGCCACACUUGGCAACAAAGAGCUCGCCAAGAAAGAUUGAAUAGCAGUCGGAAGUGGAAAAUGCAAAAUCAUAAUGCUAUUAGAAAGGCUGCUGAAGCUUGUUUGAUAUGUCCUGAUGACUCUGUCACCGAUGGUUCAUCUGCUACUCGAGUUGAGGGGGUUAAGGACACGAAAUCAUUAUCUGAAGCUGAUGACUUUCAGAAUUCAAUUACAAGCAUGCAGGAUAAUGAUUUAACCAUGAAUAAGGAUGCAUAUGUUCGGAAGUGCUCCUGCAAUGUGUGUGACUCUCCUCAGAAACAUAAGGAGAUGAAGAGUGUUUGUAAGGGACAUGAUGAUUGUUCAAGUUCUAUACCUGAUGAUGGUGUUUCGCUGGAUGAAUGCAUAUGUGCUGAUGCAUCCAGCAGUAUUACAAAAUCUAAAAGACAUUCUGAUGCAGAACCUGAUAACCCCAAGCCAAGGAAAUAUCGAAGACCAACAGACAAUCAGUCAGAUGUUUCAGCCAAGUAUAACCAGGUGUCAUACUGUGCAGUUGAUGACUAUCUCUCAGAUGGAUUUUAUGAUGCUGGGAGAGAUAGACCAUUUAUGCCGCUGAAUAGUUAUGAGGAAAUUCUGCCGCUUGACUCACGUGAAGUUAUCCUUCUCGAUCGGGAAAGAGACGAGAAACUUGAUGUCCUUCUUCUCUGCGCUCAAGCACUGGUGUCUCGAUUCAGGCAUAUUAAUGUUUCAUUAAAGGAAAGGGCUAAUGGAGCAAGUGAUUCAAUUCAGAUUGCGUCAUUGCUUGCCUUUUUUGUUUCUGACCAUUUUGGCGGCAGUGACAAAAGUGCAGCUGUUCUGAAAGCAAGAAAGGCUGUAUCGGGUUCAAAUUAUAGGAAACCCUUUGUCUGCACUUGCCCAACGGGCAGUGAUGACAGAACCAAAAGAACCAUGAAAGAGAGUCUGGAUGCUGUAGGAGACAUUGUUUUCCAUGAUUUAUGUGAGAGGGCGCUUCAAUCAAUAAAGUGCAGACUUAAAUCAAUUGUUGUUCCUAUUGGCAGCCUUCAGUUUGGUGUAUGUAGACAUAGAGCUGUGCUUAUGAAGUACCUCUGUGACAGGGUGAAUCCACCAAUGCACUGUGAACUUGUUCGUGGCUUCUUGGAUUUUUCACCCCAUGCAUGGAAUGUGAUUGCUGUAAAGAGGGGCCAGUCAUGGGUUCGAAUGAUUGUGGAUGCAUGCCAUCCACAUGAUAUAAGAGAGGAAACAGAUCCCGAGUAUUUUUGCAGGUAUAUUCCUUUAAGUCGUUUGACGGCAUCUGUUGUUACUGAUUCUAAUUCUGCUCCAGAGUUCCCUCCACUUUCUACCUCCGAGCAGCUUGGCAAGACCGCAUCUAACACUAUUCUGGAGUGUAAAAUUGGAUCAAUUAAAGCUGCAGCGAAGGUGCGAACUCUGGAAGUAUGCGGGACUUCUGCAGAUGACAUCAGGAAUUUUGAGUUCUGUUGUUUAGGGGAAGCCAGAAUGUUGAGUUCUCUGACGCAUCCUUGCAUUGUAAAAUAUUAUGGUCAUCAAGUCUCAUCUAAAUGGGUUUCAUCAUCAAAUGGAAACUCAGAUGUCCGCAUCUUGCAAUCAGCCUUAUUUAUGGAGUACAUUAAAGGGGGUUCCUUGAAGCUUUAUUUGGAGGAAUUGGGAAGGAAUGGUGCAAACCGUGUUCCUGUAUUGUUGGCAUUGUUUAUUGCUCGAGAUGUUGCAUUUGCAUUGACGGACCUGCAUGAUAGACACAUUAUUCAUCGCGACAUAAAGAGUGAAAACAUUUUGAUCGACCUCGAUGAGAAGAAAGAUGAUAGCUCGCCUAUUGUGAAGCUUGCGGACUUUGAUAGGGCAGUCCCUCUUCGCGCUAGUUUACACUCAUGUUGUAUUGCUCAUACUGGCGUACCUCCUCCAGAUGUUUGUGUUGGAACUCCUCGUUGGAUGGCUCCAGAGGUGCUCCGAGCCAGGACCGAACACAGCUUGUAUGGCCUGGAAGUGGAUAUUUGGUCAUUUGGAUGCCUACUUCUGGAGAUGUUGACAUUGCAAAUCCCUUACUCAGGUUUAGCAGAACAAGACAUUCAGAAAAAUCUUGAGAGAGGAAGGCGGCCACCACUGACCAAAGAGCUGGGAGAAUUGGUUGAUUCUGGCAGGGAUUUAGAGGUUCCAGAAAUCAUGGCUGAGUUGGAAACAGAGCUUGAGGAGUCAGAAAUCGAAUCUAAAAUGCUGAAAUUUCUUGUUUCAAUGUACCAUUGGUGUACAGGGAGCGACCCGAGAGACCGACCAAGUGCAACGAAAAUUGAAGGAGAGGCCAGGAAGAAGAGGGAAUCGAGUUCUCAACAGGAGAAAUUGGGGAACCCUAGCCCUUAUCCGACGAUUGCUUAUAGAUUUGGGGUUGCACGCCUCAGUGGUAAGAAGAAGGAUGCACCGGAGCCAUUAGCGCGAACGAAUGAAGCAAGACGGCAGCUAACUUGGUCAGACAGAGAUGAUUAUUUCAGGAAGAUUUGGGGUCAUCUAGGAAUCGACAAGGUAAUACUCCUUCUCACUGGAUUAUUUGUUGUCAGAUUUCAUACUUUGCAAGCUAGGAAUGAUGCUCUCAGUGUCGUGUUUUACCAGUCUAGGGUUCAAUAUGCCAGAGUGUUAGUUAAUAUGGAGAUCUCUGAUAAUGUUCCUGAGAAACUUGUGUUUGAAGAUGAAAAUGGGGAGGAACCUGCUAAGUCAACUCACAUUAGUGAGAGGAUUAACAAAGGUCCUGCACAGUGUGUUAGUAAGAAGGUUCAAGAAGCUGACAAGGACGUUUAUUCAGUGCUACCCAAUGAUCCAAACCAGACCACCAAAGUUACUAAGGAGACAGCUGAUGGAUUAACCUUAAUAGGGAGAUCCAACAAGGCUGUCGUGGAAGCUGAGGUGUUGGUUGCAAUGAGUACUAGUAAGAUGACAGAAGGAAAUAUAGGGAUUGAACCUGAUCCUGAUAUAUAUGUAUAA